AUGUUCAGUCUGAUGGCCAAUUGCUGCAACUGGUUCAAGCGGUGGCGGGAGCCCGUCAGAAAGGUGACUCUUGUGAUGUUGGGACUUGAUAAUGCUGGUAAAACGGCGACAGCGAAGGGAAUCCAAGGAGAGUAUCCUGAAGAUGUAGCUCCUACUGUUGGAUUUUCCAAAAUUGACCUUAGACAAGGAAAGUUUGAAGUCACCAUCUUCGACUUGGGAGGUGGAAAAAGAAUUCGAGGAAUCUGGAAGAAUUACUAUGCUGAGUCCUAUGGGGUAAUAUUUGUUGUGGAUUCAAGUGAUGAAGAAAGAAUGGAGGAAACAAAAGAGACAAUGUCAGAAGUGCUGAGACACCCUCGGAUAUCCGGAAAGCCUGUAUUGGUGUUGGCAAAUAAACAGGAUAAAGAAGGGGCUCUAGGAGAAGCUGAUGUGAUUGAGUGUCUUUCUCUGGAAAAGCUGGUCAACGAGCACAAGUGCUUGUGUCAGAUAGAACCUUGUUCAGCAGUCUUGGGAUAUGGAAAGAAAAUUGACAAGUCCAUUAAAAAGGGCCUUUAUUGGCUGCUACAUAUUAUUGCAAGGGACUUUGAUGCCUUAAAUGAACGCAUCCAAAAAGAUACAACCGAACAACGUGCUCUUGAGGAGCAAGAGAAGCGAGAAAGGGCUGAACGCGUACGGAAAUUACGAGAAGAAAGAGAACAAAGAGAACAAGAACGGGCUGAACUCCAUGGAACCAGUGGGAUGGCUGAGUUGGACCCAGAACCAGUCAUUGUUAAUCCUUUCCAGCCAAUAGCAUCGGUAAUCAUUGAGAAUGAAAAAAAACUUGAAAGAGAGAAAAAGAGGCAAAAUACAGAAGACAGUGAUGGCUGCCCCCUGAAGCAUAAAAUGGAGCAUGAGCAAAUAGAGACACAGAGCCAGAUCAGUGACAGUAGCCAAAAAAACAGUGAGUUUGGAGUAGUAGAAAAUUAUAAGGAGGCGUUAACACAGCAGUUGGAAAAUGAAGAUGAGACAGACUGGAGAUCAUCAGAAUCAGAUAGCAGUAAAAAGAAAACUAAGAAACUGAGGAUGAAAAGGAGCCACCGUGUGGAACCUGUUAAUACAGACGAUUCUGCUCCUAAGAGUCCAACACCACCCCCGCCUCCUCCUCCUGUUGGCUGGGGAACCCCCAAAGUCACUAGACUUCCAAAACUUGAGCCUCUUGGUGAAACACGUCAUAAUGAUUUCUAUGGAAAGCCACUGCCUCCCGUGGCUGUGCGACAGAGACCUAACAGUGAUGCUCACGAUGUCAUCUCAUAA